ACGACGAAGGCGACGGCGGCGGCGGCGGCGGCGGAGCAGCGGUGGGUCGGUGUCUGCGCGCUGGUGUCUGAGGCCCAGGCUGAGGCCUCCGCGGUUGCCGGAGCGCAGGCGGCGGAGAGGAUGACUGCCGCUGCUGUUCUCUUCUGAGAUAGAGAGCCGCCACCACCCUGCCCCCUCCCCCGGCAGGGCGGAGAGGAGCGGCCAGAGUCUGAGCCAUGGUGCCUGGCGAGGAGAACCAACUGGUCCCGAAAGAGGAUGUGUUUUGGAGGUGCAGACAAAAUAUCUUUGAUGAAAUGAAGAAGAAAUUUUUACAGAUAGAAAAUGCUGCUGAAGAACCUAGAGUUUUAUGUAUAAUACAGGAUACUACUAAUUCAAAGACAGUGAAUGAACGGAUCACUUUAAAUUUACCAGCUUCUACUCCACUCAGGAAGCUCUUUGAAGAUGUGGCCAACAAAGUAGGCUACAUAAAUGGAACCUUUGAUUUAGUGUGGGGAAAUGGAAUCAAUACUGCUGAUAUGGCUCCACUGGACCAUACCAGUGACAAGUCUCUUCUUGAUGCUAAUUUUGAGCCAGGAAAGAAGAACUUUCUGCAUUUGACAGAUAAAGAUGGUGAACAGCCUCAAAUACUACUGGAGGAUUCCAGUGCUGGGGAUGAUAGUGUCCAUGACCGGUUUAUAGGUCCACUUCCAAGAGAAGGUUCUGUGGGCUCUACCAGUGAUUAUGUCAGCCAAAACUACUCCUAUUCAUCUAUUUUGAAUAAAUCAGAAACUGGAUACGUGGGAUUAGUAAACCAAGCAAUGACUUGCUAUUUGAAUAGCCUUUUGCAGACACUUUUUAUGACUCCUGAAUUUAGGAAUGCAUUAUAUAAGUGGGAAUUUGAAGAAUCUGAAGAAGACCCAGUGACAAGUAUCCCAUACCAACUCCAAAGGCUUUUUGUUUUGUUACAGACCAGCAAAAAGAGAGCAAUUGAAACCACAGAUGUUACAAGGAGCUUUGGAUGGGAUAGUAGUGAGGCUUGGCAGCAGCAUGAUGUACAAGAACUGUGCAGAGUCAUGUUUGAUGCUUUGGAACAGAAAUGGAAACAAACAGAACAGGCUGAUCUUAUAAAUGAACUAUAUCAAGGCAAGCUGAAGGACUACGUGAGGUGUCUGGAAUGUGGUUAUGAGGGCUGGAGAAUCGACACGUACCUUGAUAUUCCGUUGGUCAUCCGGCCUUAUGGGUCCAGUCAAGCAUUUGCUAGUGUGGAAGAAGCAUUGCAUGCAUUUAUUCAGCCAGAGAUCCUGGAUGGCCCAAAUCAAUAUUUUUGUGAACGUUGUAAGAAGAAAUGUGAUGCACGAAAGGGUCUUCGGUUUUUGCAUUUCCCUUAUCUGCUGACCUUACAGUUGAAAAGGUUUGAUUUUGAUUAUACAACAAUGCACAGGAUUAAAUUGAAUGAUCGGAUGACAUUUCCUGAGGAGCUAGAUAUGAGUACAUUUAUUGAUGUUGAAGAUGAGAAAUCCCCUCAGACUGAGAGUUGCACUGACAGUGGGGCAGAAAAUGAAGGCAGUUGUCACAGUGAUCAGAUGAGCAAUGAUUUCUCGAAUGAUGAUGGUGUCGAUGAAGGGAUCUGCCUUGAAAGUAAUAGUGGAACUGAAAAGAUUUCAAAACCUGGACUUGAGAAGAAUUCCUUGAUCUAUGAGCUCUUCUCCGUUAUGGUUCAUUCAGGGAGUGCUGCUGGUGGCCAUUACUAUGCUUGUAUAAAGUCAUUCAGCGAUGAACAGUGGUACAGCUUCAAUGAUCAGCACGUCAGCAGGAUAACCCAAGAGGACAUUAAGAAAACACAUGGUGGAUCUUCAGGAAGCAGAGGAUAUUACUCAAGUGCUUUUGCAAGCUCCACAAAUGCAUAUAUGCUGAUAUAUAGACUGAAGGAUCCAGCACGAAAUGCAAAAUUUCUAGAAGUAGAUGAAUAUCCAGAACAUAUUAAAAACUUGGUGCAGAGAGAAAGAGAAUUAGAAGAACAAGAAAAAAGGCAACGAGAAAUUGAGCGCAAUACAUGCAAGAUAAAAUUAUUCUGUUUGCAUCCUGUGAAACAAGUAAUGAUGGAGAAUAAAUUGGAGGUUCAUAAGGAUAAGACAUUAAAGGAAGCAGUAGAGAUGGCUUAUAAGAUGAUGGAUUUAGAAGAGGUCAUACCCAUGGAUUGCUGUCGCCUUGUUAAAUAUGACGAGUUUCAUGAUUAUCUUGAACGAUCGUAUGAAGGAGAAGAAGAUACACCUAUGGGACUUCUGCUAGGAGGAGUCAAGUCAACAUACAUGUUUGAUCUGCUGUUGGAGACGAGAAAGCCUGAUCAAGUUUUCCAAUCUUAUAAACCUGGAGAAGUGAUGGUGAAAGUUCAUGUUGUUGAUCUUAAGGCAGAAUCUGUAGCUGCUCCUGUCACCGUUCGUGCUUACUUAAAUCAAACAGUCACAGAGUUCAAACAACUUAUUUCAAAGGCCAUCUACUUACCUGCUGAAACAAUGCGGAUAGUGCUGGAACGCUGCUACAAUGAUCUGCGUCUUCUCACUGUGCCCAGUAAGACCCUGAAAGCUGAAGGCUUUUUUAGAAGUAACAAGGUGUUUGUUGAAAGUUCUGAGACUUUGGAUUACCAGAUGGCCUUUGCAGACUCUCAUUUGUGGAAACUCCUGGAUCGUCAUGCAAAUACGAUCAGAUUAUUUGUUUUGUUACCUGAACAGUCCCCAGGAUCUUAUUCCAAAAGGACAGCAUGCCAGAAAGCUGGGGGCGAUUCUGGUAAUGUAGAAGAUGACUGUGAAAGAGUUAAAGGACCUGCGGGGAGCCUAAAGUCUGUGGAUGCUAUUCUAGAAGAAAGCACUGAAAAACUCAAAAGCUUGUCACUACAGCAGCAGCAAGAUGGAGAUAAUGGGGACAGCAGCAAAAGUACUGAGACAAGUGACUUUGAAAACAUAGAAUCACCUCUCAAUGAGAGGGACUCUUCAGCGUCAGUGGACAAUAGAGAACUUGAACAGCACAUUCAGACUUCUGAUCCUGAAAAUUUUCAGUCUGAAGAACGGUCAGACUCAGAUGUGAAUAAUGACAGGAGUACAAGUUCAGUGGACAGUGACAUUCUUAGCUCCAGUCAUAGCAGUGACACUUUGUGCAAUGCAGAUAAUGCUCAGAUUCCUUUGGCUAAUGGACUUGACUCUCAUAGCAUCACGAGUAGUAGAAGAACUAAAGCAAAUGAAGGGAAAAAAGAGACAUGGGACACAGCAGAAGAAGACUCUGGAACUGAUAGUGAAUACGAUGAGAGUGGCAAGAGCAGGGGAGAAAUACAGUACAUGUAUUUCAAAGCAGAACCCUAUGCUGCAGACGAAGGUUCUGGGGAAGGACAUAAAUGGUUGAUGGUGCAUGUUGAUAAAAGAAUUACUCUGGCCGCUUUCAAACAACAUUUAGAGCCCUUUGUUGGAGUUUUGUCCUCUCACUUCAAGGUCUUUCGAGUGUAUGCCAGCAAUCAAGAGUUUGAGAGCGUCCGACUGAAUGAGACACUUUCAUCAUUUUCAGAUGACAAUAAGAUUACAAUUAGACUGGGGAGAGCACUUAAAAAAGGAGAAUACAGAGUUAAAGUGUACCAGCUUCUGGUCAAUGAGCAAGAGCCAUGCAAGUUUCUGCUAGAUGCUGUGUUUGCUAAAGGAAUGACUGUACGGCAAUCAAAAGAGGAAUUAAUUCCUCAACUCAGGGAGCAGUGUGGUUUAGAGCUCAGUAUUGACAGAUUUCGUCUAAGGAAAAAAACAUGGAAGAAUCCUGGCACUGUCUUUUUGGAUUACCAUAUUUAUGAAGAAGAUAUUAACAUCUCCAGCAACUGGGAGGUUUUCCUUGAAGUUCUUGAUGGGGUGGAGAAGAUGAAAUCCAUGUCACAGCUUGCAGUUCUGUCAAGAAGGUGGAGACCUUCAGAAAUGAAGCUGGAUCCCUUCCAGGAGGUUGUGUUGGAAAGCAGUAGUGUUGAUGAGCUGCGAGAGAAGCUUUCUGAAAUCAGUGGCAUUCCUUUGGAAGAUAUUGAAUUUGCCAAGGGUAGAGGAACUUUUCCCUGUGAUAUUUCUGUCCUUGAUAUUCAUCAGGAUUUGGACUGGAAUCCUAAAGUUUCCACCCUGAAUGUCUGGCCUCUUUAUAUCUGUGAUGAUGGUGCAGUCAUAUUUUAUAGGGAUAAAACAGAAGAAUUAAUGGAGUUAACAGAUGAGCAAAGAAAUGAACUGAUGAAAAAAGAAAGUAGUCGACUCCAGAAGACGGGACACCGUGUAACGUACUCACCUCGGAAGGAGAAAGCACUAAAAAUAUAUCUGGAUGGAGCACCAAAUAAAGAUCUGACUCAAGACUGACUCUGCUAGUGUAGCAUUUUCCCUGGGGGAUUUUUGGUUUUAAUUAGAUGGUUCACUGCUACUGUGUAGUGCCAUUAUGGCGGGACAUGGUUAGGGGUAACCCAGUGACACCAGCACUGAUUGGACUGCCCUUCACCAAUCAGAAGCUCAGUGCCCAAUGGGCCACUGUUUUGACUUGGAAUCAUGUUGUGCACUAUAGUCAAAAGUACUGUAAAGUGAAAAGGGAUGUGCAAAAGAAUAAAAACAAGCAAACAAAAAAAAAAACAAAAAGCAAAACCUGCUACUAGAAAAGGGGGAAGGGGAAUGAGUACAAUUCUUUUAUUGCGGACAAAUGUGCACAUAGCUGCUAGUAAAACUAGCCUCAAACAGGAUGCUCAUAGCUUCAUAAUAAAAGCUGUGCAAAGGCCAUGAA